UUCGCACCCGGUGCUGUACCUUUGCAAGAAUUGUCUCCAAGAGUGGUCAAGGGGAGAAAGCUUGUCUCCUUCCUUCCUUGUCUUAUUUAUUCGGGGUGGGGGAGUUUAUUUUUAAGGGGGGGGGUGCUUUGAUUUUUUUUGCUUUUUUUUUUUUUGGAACUCCAGUGUGUUCAAUCCGGGGGGGAAGUUUUCCUCCCCCCCCCUUUUUUUUUUGCCCAAGCUCUGGAGCGCGGAGGAUGGUGUGGAAAUGGCUCGGCGCGUUGGUGGUGUUUCCUCUGCAGCUGAUCUAUCUGGUGGCCAAAGCGGCCGUGGGACUGGUGCUGCCCGCCAAGCUGCGGGACCUGUCGAGGGAGAACGUCCUCAUCACCGGCGGCGGCAGAGGCAUCGGGCGCCAGCUCGCCCGGGAGUUUGCAGAACGCGGAGCCAGGAAGAUUGUUCUCUGGGGCCGGACUGAGAAAUGCCUGAAGGAGACGACAGAGGAGAUUCGGCAGAUGGGCACCGAAUGCCACUACUUCAUCUGUGAUGUGGGCAACCGGGAAGAGGUGUACCAGACGGCCAAGGCCGUUCGGGAAAAGGUGGGCGACAUCACCAUCCUAGUGAACAACGCAGCCGUGGUGCAUGGCAAGAGCCUGAUGGACAGCGAUGAUGACGCGCUGCUCAAAUCCCAGCACAUCAACACCCUGGGCCAGUUCUGGACCACCAAGGCCUUCCUACCACGCAUGCUGGAGCUGCAGAACGGCCACAUCGUGUGCCUCAACUCGGUGCUGGCCCUUUCAGCCAUCCCUGGGGCCAUCGACUACUGCACGUCCAAGGCCUCAGCCUUCGCCUUUAUGGAGAGCCUAACCCUGGGGCUGCUGGACUGCCCGGGCGUCAGUGCCACCACCGUGCUGCCCUUCCACACCAGCACUGAAAUGUUCCAGGGCAUGCGUGUCAGGUUCCCCAAACUCUUCCCCCCACUGAAGCCUGAAACUGUGGCUCGAAGGACCGUGGAAGCUGUUCAGCUCAACCAGGCCCUCCUCCUGCUCCCAUGGACGAUGCACGCCCUCAUCAUCCUGAAGAGCAUACUCCCGCAGGCCGCACUGGAGGAGAUCCACAAGUUCUCAGGGACCUACACCUGCAUGAACACGUUCAAAGGGCGGACCUAAGGACACGCGUACAGCGCAGAGAGGCCGCUGCACUCACCAGGCUCCUGGCCUAGGUGCACUGUUGCUGGGUGAACCCGGCCGCCCCCAGGACCUUUGCACAGGACCGGAAGGCCCAACUCUGACCCCCAUGGGGAGGCAAGAAGCCAGCCAGACACCGUCUCGACACUUCCGUCCAUUGCCUGUUCCAUAGAGUUUAUGGUUAAGUUGCUUCUCAAGUCUCAGCAGCCUCUACCGUGAGCAUAGACUGUUUCUGGGAGGCCCCAUCCCAGAAGUGCCUCCUUUCCCUCCAAAAUCCACUCGUCCUCAGCUAGUGCAAACUGGUUGAACGGCAGGAAUGAAAAAAAAAAAUUAAUAAAGAGUCAAGGCUUUUGUGAGGUG